GGGUUCAGUUGUAGGAAUCGACUGUUGCUUUCUGGUACACCUAUACAAAACAGCAUGGCGGAGCUAUGGGCGCUGCUUCAUUUCAUAAUGCCGACGUUGUUCGACUCUCAUGAGGAGUUCAACGAGUGGUUCUCUAAAGACAUCGAGAGCCACGCUGAGAACAAGAGCACCAUUGAUGAGAAACAUCUGUCCCGUUUGCACAUGAUUCUAAAGCCGUUCAUGUUGCGGCGCAUCAAGAAAGAUGUUGAGAACGAGCUGUCGGACAAGAUCGAGAUAAUGGUGCACUGUCCACUCACUAUUAGACAGAAACUUUUGUAUAUAGCUUUAAAAAAGAAGAUAAAGAUAGAGGAGUUGUUACAUUAUUCGGUCGGUGCCGAGUCCGGUCACAGCGUAGAUAAGAACUUCACAUCCAACCUGAUGAACUUGGUUAUGCAAUUCAGGAAGGUGUGCAAUCACCCAGAACUAUUCGAGCGACGUGACGUCAGAUCUCCCUUCGCGAUGCAAGUUGACGACUAUCACAUACCGAAGUUAAUCCUUGAAGACGGUAUUCUUAUCCGUUCAGUGCCGUCUAAACGUCAUCUGCUGUACAACAUAUUGUCAGUGCUGACACCAGAGUAUAUACAUAGUAGCUUGUGUGGGAAGAGCGAAUUCUAUGGAUUCACAAGGUUUAUUGAUCUGUCACCCAUGGAGUUGUAUAGAGUGACGUUAUGCGGUUGGCUGUACGCGGGUCCAUUCUACACGCAUGCUGACGUCACGAUAUACUACAUGCCCGAGACGAUAGAGCAUCGAGCGUUACGCACGAGGAAUAUGAAGGAGAGAACCGAUUGUUAUUUGAAUGUCCUGCAGCCCGACAUGCUGACGGAGAUAAAGACUGAGGACGGCGGCGUGAUCCCGGUGAAGACGGAGGAGGUGGCCGAGUUCCCGCACGUGGAGCGCGCGCCCGUGCUCUAUCCCGACCUGCCCACCACGCUGCCCGGCUUUCCUCACACCACGCAGCAGAAGGUGUGCGCGCGCACAGUGCGCGCGUUCGCGUCGUCGCGUCGGUUCGCGUACGCGGUGACGCGGCACGAGCACGCGGAGUGCGCGCGCGGCUGGCGCACGCUGCGCCGCCUCGUGGCCGCCGCGCGCCCGCCCGCCGGCUGGGCCACGCUGCAGGUGCCCGAUAAGAACCAGUUAGUGAGCGACGCGGGUAAACUGACCGUGCUGGACUCUCUGCUGAAAAGACUGAAGGAGCGUGGGCACAGGGUGCUCAUAUACAGCCAAAUGACGAAGAUGAUUGAUCUCUUAGAGGAAUACAUGUGGCAUCGCAAACAUAAAUACAUGCGACUGGACGGCUCGAGCAAGAUCUCAGCUCGACGCGACAUGGUCGCAGAUUUUCAGGCCCGCACGGAUAUAUUCGUGUUCCUAUUGUCGACUCGCGCUGGUGGACUUGGCAUCAAUCUCACAGCUGCCGAUACAGUAAUCUUCUACGACUCGGAUUGGAAUCCGACUGUAGACCAACAGGCUAUGGACCGCGCUCAUCGCUUGGGUCAGACGAAGCAAGUCACCGUCUAUCGGCUCAUAUGCAAAGGCACCAUUGAAGAAAGGAUAAUGCAACGGGCUAGGGAAAAGAGUGAGAUCCAAAGAAUGGUAAUCAGUGGCGGCAACUUCAAGCCAGACACGUUGAAGCCUAAGGAAGUGGUUUCGUUGCUUCUGGACGACGAGGAAAUUGAACUCAAAUACCGCCAAAAGUCUGAGGAGAAGAAAAUUAUGGAGGAACGAGAGCGGAAACGAAAAUUGGGCAUUUUGCCUGUAGCACAACAACCAGUGGUGGUG